AUGAUAGCAAGAAAAAUAAAAUAGAAAAGACAAGAAGUAACAAUAGAAAACUACGAAUAAGAGAUACGCGAAUGUUAAAAUAAAAAUAAGAAAAAUAGACAGAAAAAGAAAAAGAAAAAGAAAAAGAGAAAGUAAAAGCAAAUAGAACUUAGCUUAGCCCCAAUAGCUUCCUACUCUGUUAAAGCAACACUAAUAAAUUCUUUCCAAUUUCUUCAUCUUCAAGCUCUUAGUAGCCAUUGUUUCUCUUCCCUUAAUUUCUGAACCAUCCAUCUGUACAACUGAGACUCUCUUCAUAAUUUUUUUUUCUUUUUUUCUUAUUUCUUGGUUUUAAGUUUAGAAUAAAUGAUUUAGUUGACUGUUGCUUCAGGGGUGUCUUACUUAAUGUACUACAGGAAUCUCUUUGAUGGCGCAAUUUAAGGGAACGCAUUAAAAGUGCUUUUCAACUUCAAUUUGGCAAUUAAGAAUUUAAUUGUGUAGAGAGAUGCUUACGUGUAUAGCUCGUUCGAAGCAAGCGAGCGAUGAUUCGCUUGAUCAUCAACCUGAGAAAUUCAAUCCUAAUGCUGCUCCGGCCAAUAAACAAGCCGUUAAAACACUCACUUCUCAGAUCAAGGACAUGGCAUUGAAAGCAUCAGGAGCAUACAAGCAAUGCAGUCCAUGUGCUACAACUCAGCCAACUCUCCGAAAAAACGGAAGCCAAAACGACUCAGACUCGUCUACAUCGUUGGAUAAAUUCCGGUGGUCAUACAAGAGAACAGGGAGCUCAAGUUCCAGCUCGACGACGGCGGGGAGGAAGGAACUGGAGGCAAGGCUGAAAGGGAUAUCGAGUGGUGAAGUUACGCCGGUAUCGGCGUCAGCUAGUGGGCGGCGAGUUGAAACGGUCGUGUUUGUUGAAGAAAGUGAGCCGAAAGAAUGGGUGGCUCAAGUCGAACCGGGUGUGCUAAUCACUUUUGUUUCGUUACCACGUGGCGGCAAUGAUCUCAAACGCAUUCGAUUCAGUCGAGAAAUGUUUAAUAAAUACCAAGCUCAAAGAUGGUGGUCAGAGAAUUGUGAGAAGGUAAUGGAGCUUUAUAAUGUCCAAAGGUUGAAUCGCCAAGCCUUUCCCCUGCCAACACCUCCAAGAUCUGAAGACGAGAUUUCAAAAAUCGAAUCCAUUGAAGACAGUCCUGUGACACCCCCGCUCACUAAAGAACGCCUACCCCGUACUUUGUUCCGUCCAAUGUAUUCAUCUUCAGAUUCUCUUGAACUACACUCGACCCAUUCUCGCUAUAAUUAUGACUCUUGCGGUGUCUCCUCAACUCCAAAACUCUCAAGCAUCAGUGGAACAAAGACGGAGAUAUCAUCAAUGGAUGCCUCUAUUCGGACUAGCACAUCAAGGGAUGCAGAUCGCUCUGGAGAGCUAUCCAUCAGCAAUGCCAGUGAUCUUGAAACCGAAUGGGUUGAACAAGAUGAGCCUGGAGUUUACAUCACCAUACGAUCUCUACCAGAUGGCAAAAGAGAACUCAAACGUGUCAGAUUCAGCCGAGAAAAAUUUGGAGAAGUGCAUGCCAGGUUAUGGUGGGAAGAGAAUCGUGCUAGGAUACACAAACAAUAUCUGGGAUGAGAGCGCUUAUUAUUGCGAAUAUUGCUAUAUUUCCUGUUGGUUGCCAAUUAAGGAGAUGUUGCCUACAUGGGUGUUACACUUCUUUGGCAAUGCUCAUGGUAUUCAUUAUACAUAUGUGGAGUCAGAGAUUAGUAUAAGAGAGGCAAUAUACAAAGAAGAAUCUAAGCUUUGUUACCUUUGCAAACAGCCACCUAGGUUGUUCGCAUGUUCUUUCUUUCUUUGUUUUUGUUUAAUUUCCUUCAUCUAAAUUAUGGCCAAGCGCCGGGGGGUGGGGGGAGGGGGGCGCAAUCUGUGGGUAUAAGAUUUUAAGGGUUGAGAAUUUUGAUGUUGAUUCCAAAAAGAAGAAGAGAUUUUAAUUUUAAUGUUGGAUAUGCAAAAAUGUUAAUAAUCAAGGUGGAAGAGUCUCUUCUCUGC